AUGACAGAAUCAAAUUUUGAUGAACGUUUACAUGAAUUAGAAGAUAUUCGUUGUGAAUGUGAACAAUCUCGAACAUUAUCACGUGAUAUAUAUGCAACUGAAACAUAUAAAAUAGUUAGUGAAGAACAUUCAAUUACAAUUAAAAUGCCUGACAUUGAACAAAGAUUAGAAAAUUAUGAUUUAAUUCCAUUAUUUGGUUAUGAUCUUAUAAAACAUUGUUCAAAAAGAAAAGGUACAUUAGUUGCUUAUCCAAUUGAAAUAUGUAUUCGUCUAUUAGAAAAUAGUUUAAAUGAAGAAGAAACAUUAUUAAUAAAUUUACAAAAAAUAGAAUUUGAUAAAGUUAAACAACUUGAAUUAAAUGAUAUACGAAAUGUAUUUGAUGAGAAAUUAAGAGAAAAAUUUAUCAUUAUAAAAAUAGAAAAAAAAGAAUAUUUUAUUGAAAUACUUGUAGAAAUCGAACGAGAAAGACAAGAACAACAAUCAAUUAUUCAAGUUUUAUAUAAACAAUCAUCAUAA